AAUUACACGAAACUCAAUUUAUUCCUCCUGAAAAGUUCCCAACCCAGACAGGGCAAUGUGUGCUGAUUGAAGCCAGAUUGUAAAGGCCGUUAACUACAUUUUUUCCCUCUCUCACCCUGGAAAGUCUUGGACUCUGCUGUCAAUUCGUUUUUCUUCACAAGUAGAACAACAGACGGGACUUUGUAGAUUUGGCUUGCGCAACUUUUCUGUGGGUUCGUUUUAGAAGUCAAACAGCGCGUCGCGCACAUGUUUGAGAUAGUGCCGGUAUUGAUUCUGUGAGGCUUGCGGGGUCGAUAAAGAGGACGGGGCUACAGCAACCCCCCCCCCCUUGUACUUUUUGUGAAGUUGGCGCGUCCCCCAGCUCCGACCACCCAACCGAUACAGUUCCACUCCAGCGCAGAACGCCCGGACUUUGUGGAGCGGGGGAGGAGGUGCCGUCUGGAGGCAGAGGGAGAGGGAGUAGCGUUGGGCAUAGUGUCUGGCCCCUUUGUCAUGCAAAAUCUCACGGACUGAGGAGAGACCGUCCAUCAUCAUCAGCGGAGCGAUCUGAAUGGGACGGCAAACAAAGGAUACACCCUGUGUUUGGGUAAAUCUCAAUACUUCCGUUUCAACCACCCGGAGGAGGCCAGCCUGAUGAAGAGCAUGCAGCCCCAGAAGAGUGCAGCGGCGCUGGGAUUCAGCUCAGACUCGGUGAAGCUGGAGCACUCUAACGGCAGUGCGGUGGGAGGUGUGUCCAGUGGGCGUGGCGGCAGCGGCACGCGGUCCAAGGCGGAGCUUCAGGAGCUGCUGGACAGCCUGCAACGCCGCAAGUGCGCCCUGGAGGCCAGCCUCCGCGCCAGCCUGUCCCCGCCUCCCAGCCCGCUCUCGUCCAAUCACAGCGCAGCGCUGCAGGAGCGCCCGCCCCUCUCCGUACGAGUCCCCGCCUACGGCCCCCCCAGCAUGCCACCCUCUCCGCUCGGGCACGCGCGGGCGCGCCACCAGUCGCAGGACAGCCUGCUGAUGUGGGGGGGGGAGGGCCGGCGGCCGCAGGCGGGGGGGUCGCUGCUGUCCAUGUGGACGCCGAGCGCGGGGUCGUCGUCGUACGGCGGGGGUGGAGUGGACGGGCUGGCGCUGCCCCGACGCGGCCCCAGCGGAGCGUCCAGCAUGCCCUCGUCUCCUCGGCUGGGCCGCCGCCUCCUCUCGUCCUGCUCGCGCGACGCCGACGCCGCGUCCGUGGGCGACCCCUCCCCGCGCCAGAGGAAGUACUCCACCGGCUCGCUCAACGGCCUCGGAGGCGCCCACUCCCGCUCGCUGCCGCGGCUCUACCGGCUGGACGGCGCUCCGCACCCCCCCCCGGCCCUCUCGCUGCCCCCCCCGCGCCGCUCCGCACGCCCCCCCCGCCGCAGCAUGCCCUCGCUGGAGCGCCCGCCGGACGUCACGGUGACCGCCAGCAUGCCGCCCAGCAGCCCGCGACGCGCCAGCCUGUCCUCCGUGGGCUCAGCGCCCAGCCUGGACCUGGGCAUCGGGGAGCGCAGGGCCUCGUUUGGGAAGGGCGGCGUCGGGGUCGGAGGUCAGGGCGGCGUGGGGGUCGGAGGUCAGGGCAUGGGGCAGAGGAGGGGCUCCAUCAGCUCACUGAGCGGCAAGGACGAGCUGAGGGACUACCACCAGAGACAGAGGGACGAGAGGCUCCGCGAACAGGAGGUGGAGAGACUGGAGCGUCAGCGUCUUGAGACGAUCCUCAACCUGUGCUCAGAGCUGGGCGGGGCCACGGAACACAAGGCUCCGAAUGUUUCCGUGGUGACGGACCUGGAGAAGAUCAACCGGGAGCUGGAGAAGCUGCAGGUGUCCGACGACGAGUCCGUGUUCUCCGACACGCCGGCCGGCUCCACCGCUGGGUCAGUUGCCGGGACAACGGGGGAGAACGGCUUCGGGACCAAGAGCUCGCGUGACGGCCAGACGCAGGUGCGACCGCGCAGACACAGCGGCAACAGCGGCCAAAGAGACCCACGCACACACUCCCCUGCCCUCAGCCUGCACAACAAGGCGUCAGAGAGCAUGCAGCUGAAACAGGAAGUGACGCGUAUUGAGGAGGAUCGCAUCCAGGUGCUGAAACAGGAAGUGACGCGUAUUGAGGAGGAGCGCAUCCAGGUGCUGAACAACAUCGAGGAGCUGGAGCAGAAGGUGAAGGACCUGGACAACCAGAUGGAGGAGUCCAUCAGGGAGAUGGAGGUGGAGAAGGCUCUGCUGGAGGGUGAGCAGGACUCUGAGAUGGUGCAGCUCCAGCGGGAGCGCGAGCAGCUGGACAAACUCAACGAGAAGAUGUCCGCCAUGGAGAAGAACAGCGCAGACGACAAAGCUCAGGGUAGAGCGCUGCUGGAGUCUGAGAGAGGCCGUGUGGAGCGUUUGUCCGAGCAGCUCUCAGAUCAGCGAGCUCAGCUGGACUCCUGCCCAGAGGCACUCAGGGAGCAGCUGCAGCUUCAGCUCCACAGGGACUCUGAGGUGCUAGAGGUGGAGGCGAAGCGGUUUGAGGAUCUGGAGUUCCAGCAGCUGGAGAGGGAGAGUCGGCAGGACGAGGAGAAGGACACUAGGACUCAGCAGCUGCUGCGGGAGACCGCCGAGUACCAGCGCAGCACCGUCACACGCAAGGAGAGGCUGCUGACUCUGAAGAAGCAGUGGGCUCAAAUCAAUCAGCAGGCCCAGAAGGAGAAGGACACCUUCAUGAAGGAGAAGAACAACCUGCUGCUCAUGCUACAGAGGGAGCGUGAGAAUCUAGCUGCUCUGGAGAGGAAGUACUCUGAGCUGACCGGUGGGCGGGCCUUCCCUCUCAACCCUGUUUCCAUGAAGGAGCAUUUCCGCUCCCUGGAGGAGAGGAGGCGGGGCUGUAAGGAGGGCGGUUCCCUCCUGAGUGACACACCCCCAAGGAGGAGAGGCCACGCCCCUUACACUAGCUCCACUUUGGGACGCAGCCUCUCACCAAAGUCUCAUGUCCCUCUCUCCCAGUGCUCCAGUGUUGGUGCUCUACAACGAGAGCUUGAGACACGCCGCCUGCUCAAAGCGGGGCACGUGGGUCAGCUGUAUAUAAACGAGGAGCGGCAGCGGAUCAGUGACCUGUGCAGUCGAGCGGCGUCGGAGUCCAGCGUCUACCUGGACCCCUAUCAGUACCUGGACGGCAGCAACCAGCCCUACGACAGCCUGAGCCUGGGCAGCUCCGGCAGCCUGGACACCAGCAUCUCCGCUUGCUCACCGGACAACAUAUCCAGUGCCAGUACCGCUAACAUGGCUAAGAUGGAAGAGAUGGAGCGUUUGCUUCGAGAGGCCCAGGCUGAGAAAAACAGACUUUUGGAGCACAGGGAGCGUGAGAUUGAGCUGCGUAAGCAGGCUCUGGAAGAGGAGAGGAGGAGGAGGGAGGAUCUGGAGAAACGACUGCAAGAGGAAACCAACAGACGACAGAAACUCAUAGAACGAGAGGUGAAACUACGGGAGAAACAAAGAUCCCAGGCUCGGCCCCUGACGCGCUACCUGCCGGUGCGUAAGGAUGACUUUGACCUGCGCGGGCACAUCGAGGCCGCCGGACACCACCCCGACACCUGCUACCACCUGGCCGUCACCGACAAGACAUGCCGCGGCUUCUUGGUCAAGAUGGGCGGCAAGAUCAAGACCUGGAAGAAGCGCUGGUUCGUGUUCGACCGCAACAGGCGCACCCUGGCCUACUAUGCCGAUAAACAUGAAACCAAAAUGAAGGGGGUGAUCUACUUCCAGGCCAUAGAGGAGGUCUACUAUGAUCACCUGAAGAAUGCACACAAGAGUCCCAACCCCUCGUUGACGUUCAGUGUGAAGACUCAGGACCGCGUGUACUACAUGGUGGCCCCGUCUGCUGAGGCCAUGCGCAUCUGGAUGGACGUCAUCGUCACGGGAGCAGAAGGACACACACACUUCCUGGUGUGACCUCACACACCCCACUGCAAGCACAUGACCAAACAGAGGACCAAUGCCUGACCAAAAGAGUAUUUCUGUGUGUGUGUGUGUAUGUGUGUGUGUGUGUGUUUGAGUGGGUGAGGGUGGCACGGUGGUGUAGUUAGCAUACCAGUAUGUCUUAUCUGAAUGUCCAGUGUUUCCCAUACAUGGACUUAUUUGUGGCGGCCCACCACAAUAUCAACAUUGACCACCACACAAUGAUGUUCCAGGUUGUACUAAAUUGUGCUUAAAGAAGCCCUAUGCAGGUCUGGUUAUUCCUAUUAUUUCUGGGUUUUCGCCUGAUUUGGGCUCGCAUUUUUUACGACAUAGCUCCCCCUGCAGCUUCGGUAGCAAGACUGCUACGCUAACCCCCCUACGCUAGCGAGCUAGCCAUCAAGAAACCAAGCUAAACACAUACAGGGCUCACAAUAAAACAUUUGAGCAAACACAUUGUUCAAGAGACUAUCAAGCCACAUUACAAAAACGAAGUUCACCCAAGGGUAGGCUACUUACAAUUUCAAGUCGGGGUCCGUUUUGCAGUCUUCUUAGAAACUACAAUCUGACUACAUUUUCGAGGCGAGAAUGGAUACUUCCGCUGACUUACAUCCGGAUGUAUUCGGUCCGCGACCAGAAAGUUGCAUAUUCGUUUUUUCCGCGGAGAAGCACUAGGGGGAGACGAAGCACCCACCAAACGACCCAGAAAGUGUUGUAGAACCAUCAGAACGACUCUCAAC